AUGUUACUGAACCCUGUCACUUCCACUCCCUUUUCGGUCAAUGACAUCCUGAGGCUGGAGCGGGAGCAGAUGAGCCCAGAGGCCUUGCAACUCCGAGGGGCACGGAGGAACCCGGAAAGAUCCCAGUACCUGAGCCUGGUCCCAGAACCUCUAGGCUCGGAAGUUCACAAUACGGGUAGUUGCGGUGGUGGCGGCGGCGGCGACAGAAGGCAGGAGGGAUCGGAGCCUCCUGCGGGUCCCUGUGAGACAGUCACAGAGAUGGAUGCUGAACCGAUGCGCAAGCCACAGCCCGGCCCCAGCGCCGCCUCGCCCCGGGGCUGCGGGAGCCGGGUGCUGGAGCGCAGCCUGGGCAGCGGCGGCGGCGGCGGCGGCGGCGGCGGCACGCGCGGCGCGGGCUCGGAGCAUCCCAGGGCGCGGCCCCGGCGGAAGCCGCGCGUGCUCUUCUCGCAGGCGCAGGUGCUGGCGCUGGAGCGGCGCUUCAAGCAGCAGCGGUACCUGUCGGCGCCCGAGCGCGAGCACCUGGCCAGCGCGCUGCAGCUCACGUCGACGCAGAUCAAGAUCUGGUUCCAGAACCGGCGCUACAAGUGCAAGAGACAGCGCCAGGACAAGUCCCUAGAGCUGGCCGGCCACCCCCCAGCGCCGCGCCGGGUGGCGGUGCCCGUGCUGGUGCGGGACGGCAAGCCCUGCCUGGGCCGCGGCGCGCCCGCCUUCCCCGGCCCCUACGGCGCCUCCCCGGCGCCCUAUUCCUGCUACGGCGGCUACGCGGGCGCUCCUUACCGCGCGGGCUACGGCGGCGGCUACGCGGGCGCGCCCCCGGGCCCCGCGCCCCCAGCGCCCCAGGCCGGCACGGGCUUCGGCGCGGGUGGGCCGGGCGCCAAUCCUCAGGGCCACCUGCCCGCCCCGCUGCGGGGUGUCAGGGCCUGGUGA